GAACCCCGUGCCGCGUCGGAAGCUUCUGGAUCCCAGAUCUCGGCCAAAAACCCUAACCCUCUCGAAGCUUCUAGAAUCACGCCCCCUCCCCCCUCCCCCCUCCCCUCCCCAUGGACGGGCUCGCGGCGCCCUCGCCGUCCCACUCCGGCGCGACGUCCGGCGGCGGCGCCUCCCACCGCAAGCGGAAGCUCCCGCCGUCGUCCCUCUCCGACGCCACCGCCGACGAGGACGACGACACCACCGCGCCGUCGUCGCCGUCCACCUCCCCGUCGUCGCCCUCACGCCCGUCCUCCCCGUCCUCCUCCCACUCCGACGAUGACGACGACGACUCCCUCCACACCUUCACCGCCGCCCGCCUCGACGGCGCGCCCCCGUCCUCAUCCGGCCGCCCGCCGAAGCCCGAGUCCUCGACCGUGUCUGCCGCCGCCGCGGCCGCGGCUGCAGCGGCCGCUCCCAAGCCCGAUUCCGCUUCCGCUGCCGCCGGCGACGGCAAGGAGGACCCGAAGGGGUUGUUCACUGACAACAUUCAGACCAGUGGCGCGUAUAGCGCUCGAGAGGAGGGCCUCAAGCGUGAGGAAGAAGCAGGGAGGCUGAAAUUUCUAUGCUAUUCUAAUGAUGGAGUUGAUGAACAUAUGAUUUGGUUGGUAGGCUUGAAGAAUAUCUUUGCUCGGCAGCUUCCUAACAUGCCCAAAGAGUACAUUGUCCGUCUUGUUAUGGAUAGAACUCACAAAUCAAUGAUGGUUAUCAGGAAUAAUAUUGUUGUAGGAGGCAUUACUUACCGGCCUUAUACAAGCCAGAAGUUUGGAGAAAUAGCAUUUUGUGCAAUUACAGCUGAUGAGCAAGUUAAAGGCUAUGGGACACGGUUAAUGAAUCACCUGAAGCAACAUGCCCGAGAUGCUGAUGGGCUCACUCAUUUCUUAACUUAUGCAGAUAACAAUGCCGUUGGCUAUUUUGUAAAGCAGGGUUUCACAAAGGAGAUCACAUUGGACAAAGAAAGAUGGCAAGGGUACAUUAAAGACUAUGAUGGAGGAAUAUUGAUGGAGUGCAGAAUUGAUCAAAAGUUGCCAUAUGUUGAUCUGGCAACGAUGAUUAGGCGUCAAAGACAGGCAAUUGAUGAGAAAAUCAGAGAGCUUUCAAACUGCCAUAUUGUUUAUUCUGGAAUUGACUUCCAAAAGAAAGAAGCUGGUAUUCCAAGAAGAACGAUGAAACCAGAAGACAUCCAAGGCUUGAGGGAAGCUGGGUGGACGCCAGAUCAGUGGGGGCAUUCCAAAUCAAGAUCAGCCUUUUCUCCUGAUUACAGUACUUACAGGCAACAACUUACUAAUCUAAUGCGUUCAUUGUUGAAGAAUAUGAAUGAGCAUCCUGAUGCUUGGCCAUUCAAAGAGCCAGUGGAUUCACGUGAUGUUCCUGACUAUUAUGACAUUAUCAAAGAUCCUAUUGAUUUGAAGACAAUGUCAAAAAGAGUUGAGUCUGAGCAGUAUUAUGUGACGCUAGAGAUGUUUGUAGCUGACAUGAAGAGAAUGUUCAGCAAUGCAAAAACUUAUAACUCUCCCGAUACAAUCUAUUACAAGUGUGCCUCACGGCUCGAGAGCUUCUUCUCAAACAAAGUAGCAUCUCAGCUUGCCCAAGCCUCAACGAAGAACUGACAUGGUCUUUGGUACAUCUGAUAUAGUCAAUUGUUGUUGUAAAAUUGUUAUAGCUCUCGCCCCCCUUGUUGUGCUUUCCAGCUUUGUAGUUUUAACGUAGCAAUCUGAUGGCGUGUUUAAUUUUUCACCAAUUUAAUUGCUUACAUUAAGUUGGCAUGUUGAUGGGUGAGUUGGCUUGUGCAAAGUAUUUCAGAAUGAAGAGGAAAAUUCACAGGGGGCAGUAAAUUUUUC